CGGCAGGGUUGAGCAGCGGGCGUGUCUUCGGCGGCUGUGGCAGGCGUCACGCUGUGGGGCGAAACGAUUCCCAGAGAUGGACGUUCGCGGCAGCGGGCACGGUCUGCGCGAAGAGGAGAUCGACGCGGUGGCAAUGGCGGUUACUGCCGUCGUCGUGAACACGAUGCGCGACGUGUCGUCGUCCUCACGCGACAUGCUAACGCAGCUCCAUAAACGAAGAGCGCUGCUGCAGCGGAUUGCCGAAGCGCCGGAUUGCCUGGCCACGUGUGAGCCAGUCGUCCAGUUGUGUGCCGCGCUUUCAUAUGGCGUUUUCCCGCGGCAGACCCCGCGUUGGUGGAUUAAACGACGGACUGGCGGAACAUGGGAGGAUCUCCGCCUCUGUGAUGACGCAACGGACGAGUACUACCGCCAGAAGUUACGCAUGUCGAUGGCCAUGUUCACGCAGAUCGUAGCCGCGUGCACCGCGUACGUGGAGAAGAAGGUGACGCACUACAGGACGCCAUUGCCAGUGGAGCAGGUGAUCGCUUUCGCGUUGUACAGGUGGGCGUCAGGAGAGACGUACGAGAGCGGCACGUCAGCCUUCGACAUCGGCAGGGCAACUGGACUGCAGGCCGUCCGCGACGUCACUUCGGCGCUGCUGCAGGCGUACCUCGACGCGAUCAAGUGGCCAGUUGGCCGUAGACGUGCGCAGAUUCUGCGCGCAUUCCGUGACAAGAGUUUCCCAAACUGCUUCGGCGAGAUCGACUGUACGCACAUCUACAUUGACAAGCCUACCGGCGCACCUUCAGACAACUACUACGACCGCAAACAGAAGUUCUCCGUGUAGGCGCAGGUGGUGGUGGAUUUGGAUCUGCGGAUCCUCGACGUCC